CUCUUCUCCAGGCUGAACUGCCCCAACUUUCUCAGCCUCUGUUCAUAAGGAAGUGCUCCAGUCCUCUUGUCAACUUCAUGGCCCUGCUCUGAACUUGCUGCAACAAUUCCAUGUCCUUAUGUUGGGAACCCAGAAUUGGAUGCAGUACUGUGGAUGGAGUCCCACAGAGCAGAGUAAAGGGGAAGAAUCACCUCCUUUGACCUGCUGGCCAUGCUCCUUUUGGUGCAGCCCAGGAUUCCAUCUGGCUUUCUGGGCUGUGAGCUCACACUGCUGGCACAUGCUGUCUUCCUUCAACCAUCACACUCAAGUCUUCCUCUGCAGGGCUGCUUCCAGUGACUUCUCUGCCCAACUGGACGGUGUGUCUGGGAUUGCCUCGACCCAGACUUUGUUGGAAUAUGCAGAAAAGUGGAAGACCUCAGAAGAUCCUCUGCCUCUGUUGGAGGUGUACACGGUGGCUAUCCGAAGUUAUGUUAAAGCACGACCUUACCUUACCUCUGAGUGUGAAAACGUAGCCUUUGUGCUUGAGCGUUUAGCACUAAGCUGUAUUGAACUUCUACUGUGUCUGCCUCUGGACUUACCUGAAAAUAAAUGGGAAGAAUUUCAGGCUUUUGUACAGGUGGCUCAUAAAAACUUGAUGGAAAAUGGCAGCCAGGAACUGCACAUUUUAACAACACUUACGCAAGAGAAGGGAGUGUGGAAGAAUCCAGUAUUGUGUGGUAUUCUGUCCCAGGAACAGUUGGACCCAGAUAAAGUGAAUGAAUUUUUGGUGUCAGAAGGCCCUGUCCUGCUGGAUAUGCGUAUUAAGCACCUAAUGAAAACAAAGCAAUUAACGCAAGCUACUGCCCUGGCAAAACUCUGCUCUGACCAUCCAGAAAUCAGUGUGAAAGGCAAUUUCAAACAAACCUACCUGGUCUGUCUUUGUUCAGGAUCACCAAAUGAAAGGCUAAUGGAAGAAAUUGCAGAAGUAGAUUGCAAAGAUGCACUAGAAAUGAUCUGUAACCUGGAAUCUGAUGGAGAUGAAAAAAGUGCUCUAAUUCUAUGUGCAGCAUUUCUAUCUCGCCAGCUGCAGCAAGGGGAGAUGUACUGUGCCUGGGAACUGACUCUUUUCUGGAGUAAACUGCAGCAAAGAGUAGAGCCUUCUAUUCAAGUGUAUCUAGAGAGAUGUCGUCAACUUUCUGUAUUAACUAAGACUGUUUAUCACAUUUUCUUCCUGAUUAAAGUAAUUAAUUCAGAGAUUGAUGGUGCUGGACUUGCAACAUGCAUUGAACUGUGUGUGAAAGCAUUGCGCUUAGAAUCCAGUGAAAAUGCAGAUGUCAAGAUAUCUAUUUGCAAGACUAUCUCCUGCUUACUUCCAGAUGAUUUGGAGGUGAAACGUGCUUGUCAGCUGAGUGAAUUUCUUCUGGAACCCACUGUGGAUGCGUAUUACGCUGUUGAAAUGCUAUAUAAUCAGCCUGACCAGAAGUAUGAUGAAGAGAAUCUUCCAAUACCAAAUUCUUUGCGCUGUGAGCUCUUACUUGUACUGAAAACUCAGUGGCCUUUUGAUCCAGAGUUCUGGGACUGGAAAACUCUAAAGCGUCAGUGUCUGGCACUUAUGGGAGAGGAGGCAUCCAUCGUGUCAUCCAUAGACGAACUGAACGAUAGCGAAGUUUAUGAGAAGGUUGAGGAUGGCCAAGAAGAUAGUAAAGAAACUUCUCUGAAUGGGCUUGCUGGCAUUGAUGAGGCUACCAGCCUUCUUAGGGGUAUCAGAGAUGAAAAGCAGAAAAAGAGAGAAAUCAAAAAACUCAGAGAGAGGGGGUUCAUAUCGGCUAGAUUUAGGAACUGGCAAGCUUACAUGCAGUAUUGUGUGUUAUGUGACAAGGAAUUCCUAGGUCAUAGAAUAGUUAGACAUGCACAGAAACAUUAUAAAGAUGGAAUUUACAGUUGCCCUAUUUGUGCCCAAAAUUUUAAUUCUAAAGAAAACUUUGUUCCCCAUGUAACUUUGCAUGUGAAAAAAUCUAGCAAAGAGAGAUUAGCUGCUAUGAAACCACUGAGGCGACUGGGAAGACCUCCUAAAAUAGCAGCUGCCAAUGAGAAUCAGAAAACGAAUUCUGUAUCCAAACAGGAGCAGCGACCCAUUAAGAAGAACAGCCUCUAUUCAACAGACUUCAUUGUGUUUAAUGAUAACGAUGGCUCGGAUGAUGAAAACGAUGACAAAGAUAAACCUUACAUACCAGAGAUAGUGCCAGUUCAAAAGCCACCCCCUGUUAAUGAAUUCACCUGCCCUGUAACACUUUGUAAAAAAGGCUUUAAAUAUUUUAAAAAUCUAAUAGCACACGCAAAGGGCCAUAAAGAUAAUGAAGAAGCUAAACGUUUCCUUGAAAUGCAAAGCAAAAAAGUGAUUUGCCAGUACUGCAGACGACAUUUUGUAAGUGUUACUCACCUGAAUGAUCAUUUACAAAUGCACUGUGGCAGCAAGCCUUACAUCUGCAUACAGAUGAAAUGUAAGGCUGGCUUUAACAGUUACGCUGAGCUGCUGACCCAUAGGAGAGAGCAUCAAGUCUUCAGAGCCAAGUGUAUGUUUCCCAAAUGUGGCAGAGUGUUUUCUGAAGCCUAUUUACUCUAUGAUCAUGAAGCACAACACUAUAAUACCUAUACCUGCAGAGUCACCGGCUGUGGGAAGGUGUACCGCUCACAGAAUGAACUGGAGAAGCAUGUUGAGGAUCACAACAAGCAGCCUGAAAAAGAAGAGCAGCCUGAAAACAAAACUAAUCAGCCUGAUCUUAGUCAGCCUUCCAAAGCUAAUGAAAGUACUGAUGGAGUUGCAGUUAAAGAGGAAUUGACACCUCCUCCAGCUGAAAACCGAAGCAGUUUCAUUGAAGGAGAAAAUGUCUGGAACCAAAUCAAAGCAGAACCAGUAGGGAAUGAAAGUGUAAAUAUAUCCGUGAGUGUACUGCAGCAAAGCAAUUCCUUGCCUAAUGCUAGUUCAGAGCAGUCUCCUAUGGGUUCAAUAAAAACAGAAGAAACAGUUCCAGGAGGCAGCGUUAAGCUGUCUGUUGUUAACCAGAAGAUCCGCGAUAACUUCGUAAAAAGAGGUAAAUUGGCUGCUACUGCCAGUAAAGUAGAUACUACUAAACCUGGAGUCCAGCACUUGUGCCCAUCAGUUGACUCUUGUCUUCCAGUUUUCCAAGAGAGAAAGGAGGAAGGCUGUCUCAGUCAGACUCAGAAUAUUCAAACUGUUUCUGUGACCUCAGACACAUCAAAACCAGAAGCCCUUGAAUCAAAAAGCUUAGAAAGACAAGUGAGCAUUGUAAAUCCAUUCAGCAUGCAGAAUCAGACGGGGUAUCGAAAUGGUGUACCCAUUUCCAAACUUGAAAUUGAAGACAGUAUUAAAGCUGCAGCUAAUCUCUAUAACCUGCCUUUAAAAACUUUAGAAAGUAUUUCAUUUAUUCCAUCACAGCCUAACAUAAACAGCUCUUUAGUUCCAGCUGUGUCACCAGCAGCCCCAAUUCAGAAAUUUAAUUGUCAGGUUGAGGGGUGUACUCGAACAUACAAUUCGUCACAGAGCAUUGGCAAACACAUGAAGGCAGCACACCCUGAUGAAUAUGCUGCUUUUAAAAUGCAGCGUAAAAAUAAGAAACCACGGAAAUCCAGCAAUCUGCAAAAUGUGCCGAAUGAUGGGAAGAUUGUUUAUCUUAUGCCUUCACAAGUGGGCAAUCCCAGUGGUGCUGCUUUCACUGCACAGAACAAAUCGAAUUUGAAUCCCACCUGUUCCAGUCAAGUGCAGCAUGUCUCAAGUACUCUUUUCCCAACCCACCUAGAAAAUCUAGCUAAUCCUAUGUUGCCUGUAGUGGAAAGUGUCAUAAAUCCAAAUUUGUCUACUCGUAUUAAAAGUGAGCCUGAGAGUGUUUUGUGUUCACAAAUGGAAAAUUUGUCUGCUGCAACUUUACCUUCCCAGUUGGAUGAUCUAGCAAAAACAGUUAUGCCUCUGAAUAUUGAUGGUGGUUCAGAUCCUUUUCUUCCUUUGCCUGCAGAAAAUGGUCCAAUGUCUCUCUUUCCUUCAUCAGCAGAAAAUCCUCCAAAUUCAGUCUUCUCCCAACUGGAAAAUAACACAAAUAGCUUUUCUUUGCAACUAGAAGGAAACACUAGUUCUACCUUCCCAAAAGAGGAAAGUGUUGAUCAAAUAUUUCCCUCACAAUUGAGUAGUGAAAAUAACUUCAGUGAAACUAGUUCUCAGCACCCAGCUUCAGAAAAGGUGAAAAAAGAUCGUGGCAGAGGGUCAAAUGGGAAAGAAAGGAAGCCAAAACAUAACAAGCGAGCAAAGUGGCCAGCAAUAAUUAGAGAUGGCAAAUUUAUCUGUAGCAGGUGUUUCAGAGUUUUUACUAAUCCUAGAUCACUUGGUGGUCACUUAUCUAAGAGGUCUUACUGUAAGCCUCUUGAAGGAUCAGAAAUUUCUCCAGAAGCCCUGCAGGCUAAUGGACAAUCUUUGCUUGCCAGUAUGAUUCUUUCUUCAAAUUCAUUAAACUUGCAGCAACCUCAGGAGUCUGCCUUCAAUCCAGAGACAUGUUUUAAAGAUCCAUCAUUUCUCCAGUUACUUGCAGCUGAAAAUCGUUCCGCACUGCAGACUAUGUUUCCACGGGCCAAUGUGACUAACUUUAAUACCAGUGGGAAUGAGGAAGGUAAUCAAAUUAUAAAGCAAACCUUGGAAACUACAGGCAUCCCGAGUAGCUUUGAUAACACAGAAGUACUUCCACGUGUGGUUACAACAAGUUGUGUCUCUGGUACAACUCAGAUGAAUGCAGCCGUUCUCCCCAGCUCAGCCACGCCGUCUCUGCUGCAGACAGUCUGUAACCCCAGUACCCUGCUGACAGACCAAAACAGGACCCUCAAUGCCAAAAUUCCUCCACUAAACGAAUGCAAGAGUUUGCCUGGUUUUACAACAGAGGGCCUAAUGCUAAAGACCAUUGAAAAUGGCUUGUGCCCUAGCUCAUAUUCUAACGCUGUUGCAGCAGCACAAAAUUUUGCAGGGAACAGUUCACGAGUUUCAGUUAUAAGUAGUCCCAAGAAUUCGGGAUCAAGCAACUUAAAUAAGAAGGGAACCAGCUCUUCAAAGAGGAAGAGAAAAACACCUACACCCCUACUUGUGCCCAAUACACCACAGAAAUUAGCAGUAAAUAAUGCAACAGUAAUGGGACUUCUAACCAAAAGCACUGAAGGAAACACGCAAAUACAGGGAGAAAGUUUUCAGUCCAACUCGCUGGCAAAUUGUGGCUCUCAAACGGUGGUGGAAAAUCUUGCACAGAAACUCAGUAAUGUUGACAAUCAGUUAUUCAUGGCCAGUAUCAAAGAGAAUUUCAAGACAAAUCUUGAGGCUCAUACAGUUCUGCCCCCUUUAACAGUAAAAACUGAAAAUGGGGAUUCCCAAAUGAUGUCUGCAAAUUCUUGUGUGCAAGCAAAUUCAGAAGAACAGAUUUCACAGGACAGUGUUAUGCAGAACUUUGAAAAAACCCUGGAAAUUAUUAAAACUGCUAUGAAUUCACAGAUGCUUGAGGUGAAAACUGAAAUUCAGGAUACUGUUGCUGCUUCAGGGCAGAACUUGCAAGUAAAUAACUCCCAGGCUGCUUCAGAAAAUUCUGCACACAGUGUAAAACUGCAGACUUCUACUCAGUUUGCUGUGCACAGAGGGAAUGUUUCUGCUGCAAAGGGUAGCUCUGCUCAGUCUGAGAUACCUCAAAAGGAUGAUACUCAAAUGUCAGAAAUUUUGGAAGGCUUGCAAAAACUGAAGCUAGAAGAUGAGUCUCCCCUUCCCAUCUCUGGAACUGUUUCUCAGUGUCCUCCAGCAGAUAAGCUAGCACCAGCAGUUCCUGUUGUAUCAAUUGAAAAUAAGCCCCUCAUCCAGCUAUCUCCAGAAGCAAGUAACAUUCAAUUUAGUGAUAGAGUUAAUAAACCUUUUGUAUGUCAGAAUCCUGGCUGCAGUUACAGUGCUAUGACAAAAGAUGCAUUAUUUAAACACUAUGGCAAGAUCCAUCAGUACACUGCAGAAAUGAUACUAGAAAUAAAGAAACAUCAACUGAAGUAUGCCCCAUUCAAAUGUGUUGUAGCUACCUGUCCAAAAACAUUCACAAGAAACUCUAAUCUCCGAGCACACUGUCAGCUCGUGCAUCAUUUUACAACAGAGGAGAUGGUAAAAUUAAAAAUUAAGAGGCCUUAUGGCAGAAGAUCUCAAAAUGAAACUGUAAACACAGCCCCACAACCCGUUGAAAUAAAAACUGUGCAGACACUAGUAAUGGAAAACAAAACUGUAGCUCCAUUGGUCAAAGAAACUCAAAUAAAGGAAGCUGUAGAGCCUGUAAAAGUAUUGGAAAAACUUCUACCAGAAAAUAAUAUUCCUGAAAGACUGGAAAAACCUCCCCAGGUGGUUUCUGUUCCACUGGAGCAGCACAAUCCAGCGUCUUAUGAUAGUACGCAGGAACAAGCCAAAGUACGCAAGGCUAGGAAGCACAGGAAGGAGAAAGAGGAGAGGAAUGGUAGGAAGCCCGUAACAAAAUCUCUGGAGUUUCCCCCUAGGUACAGCCCUUACAGACCGUACCGGUGCGUCCAUCAGGGCUGCUUUGCAGCUUUCACAAUACAACAGAACCUAAUUCUUCAUUACCAAGCUGUGCACAAAUCAGACCUCCCUGCUUUCUCUGCUGAAGUGGAGGAGGAGAAUGAGCAAGGCAAAGAGGAACGUGAGGAGGUGGAAACCAAACCUGCUGUCAGAGAGUUCAGGUGUGAGGUGAAUGACUGCUCUCGUAUCUUCCAGGAAGUUACCAGCUUGAUACAGCAUUAUAUGAAGCUUCAUGACAUGACCCCAGAGCAAAUUGGAAGCAUGAAAUCAGCUCCAGAGGUGGGAAGGUUUUUUUGUGACCAGUCUCAGUGUAAGUCUUCGUUUACAGCAUAUCUGAAUUAUGUUGUGCAUCUUGAGACAGAGCACAGUGUUGAGAUAAAGCCAAACAAAGUAGAAGAUGAUGGCAUGUUCAAGUGUGACUGUGAAGGCUGUGACCGCAUUUACGCUACUAGGUCUAACCUCUUGAGGCAUAUUUUUAACAAACAUAAUGACAGGCAUAAAGAUCAUCUAAUAAGACCCAGGAGGCUGACACCAGGCCAGGAAAAUAUUUCAAGCAAAGCAAAUCAGGAGAAACCAUUGAAGUCUAAACAGAGAGGACUCAAAAACAGAUCGGGAAAAGAGGGUAACAGGCUGUCAGUGAAAACAAAACGAAAGAAAAACAUGAGCUUGGAAAACAAAACCUCAAAAGGAAUACAGGUUCAGGAAAAUAAGGCUUAUUCACUGAAACGUGGCAAGUACGUGUAUUUAAUAAAGGCCAGAAAUGAUGCCUUAUCGGAAUGUACAAGCAGGUUCAUGACUCAGUAUCCGUGUAUGAUAAAGGGAUGUUCAUCUGUAGUCACAAGUGAAAGUAACAUCAUAAGACACUAUAAAUGUCACAAACUGUCCAAAGCUUUUACUUCUCAACACAGGAAUCUUCUUAUUGUAUCUAAAAAACACUCUGUCUCCCAAGUAAAGGAAGCCUCUUGUGAGCAGGAGGAAACUGAUAAAAAAACUGAUGUGAAAGAGCCUGAACCGAGUUUGACAGCAAGCAAUAAUGAUUCAAGCACAACUACCUUAUCACAAAAGGAAACUGAAAAAGGUGAGAAGGAUGAAGUGGAUGAACUGACAGAACUAUUCAUUACUAAACUAAUUAAUGAGGAUUCUUCAACUGCUGAAAAUCAAGCAAAAAUCUCUUCCAGUGUAAAUAGUGACUUGCAGGAGACCAGCUCCUGCCCCUCAGAGAAGCAAAAAUCAAACAACCUGAAAAGAGCAAAUAAAGAAAAAAAUAUAUCUCAGAGUAAAAGAAAGAGAGCUGAGAAGACAGAGGAGGCACUGCCCAGUGGUGUGAGUAGCCUGCACAAGGAGGAAGAGACUGCUGUUGCCAUCCAAACGGCCGAGGAGCAACCUGCGGCUUUUGACUGGAGCUCGUUCAAGCCAAUGGGCUUUGAAGUGUCAUUCCUCAAGUUCCUUGAAGAAUCUGCUGUGAAGCAAAAGAAGAACUCUGAAAGAGAACACCACAGCGGCGGAACCAAAAAAGGAUCCCAUUCAAACUCGCGGAAAGCCAGCGAGAAGGCUCCCGUAGCAAGUGAAAGUGUCUCGUGGUCGUGUUCUGAAACGGAAACCCUUGUACCGUUUGCCAACCCAUCACGGCUUCCAUGUGGUGAUAAUGUAAAGAUAGUGUUAGAGAAGACUCUUAAAGACUGCUCUGAGCGUGUGUUGAAGCAGCUUCAGGAAAUGAAACCUGUUGUCAGUUUGAGAAAGCUCGAAGGACGUUGGGAGGAUAAUCCAGAGGUUAUAGCUGCAAAAGUAAUUGUUUUGGGUACUGAGGAAGGUGAAUCAAAAUACUGAAAACCUAAUGUGUUUCACCAUGACCUGUAAUAGAAUUUAUUUUGAAUAGGAAGCCAUCAAGCAUGCUAGUAACUGUGGAGCUCUUUUAUUUUGAAGUGAUUUAAUCUAGCAAAAAACAUGACAUGAGUCAUGUAAAUGUCUUAUUUGUUUUUAUCCCUAUGGGACUUGAAGAAAGUAAUUGCUUCAGUUUUGUAAAUACUUGAUCAAGACCUCAACUUUCUAUCAGAUUGUCCUUUCCAUAAACUAAAUCUUUGUGAAUUGUCUGUGAUUGGUAUCUUUCACCAGGUUACUUCUCAUGUAUAACAGUUUUCUUUAUUUGUAGAUACAUUUUUUUGUAUAUAUUUAUUAUUGUAAAUCAUUUGCUGCCACCAGCAGUCUGUAAGUCUAAACUAUUAAAUGACACAUUUAUAUUCGGAAUUUUAAUUUGUAACUAAGUGAGCAAGUUUUUAAAACUGUCCUUUAAUCAUUUUAAAUUAAGAACUUUUGAACUAAAGCUAGCUAAGUCUGCCAUAUCCAGUUUAUUUUGCAUAAAACAUUUAUUUACAGAAGAAAAGCUGGAUAAGAUCACAUUUCAUAGGUUAAACGUACUGACACACUCUCAUUUUUGUAAAUUUUAACAUCCAGUAUCUAUGGAUGAUAUUGAUAUGUAGUUAACACAUAAAUAUAAUAGUUUUCUUAUAGCUACAUUUUUCAUUGCUUUUAAUUGGUUACAAAGCAUUUAUGAUUCCAUAAUAAAAAUGGAAAUGUGAAUAAAAAUAGUUUGCUACAUUGAAGAUUUAAAACAAUAUUUGGUAUUAAAGAAUCCGUUGUGAAUGUGAUAGAAAA